AUGUCCUCCCGCCUCCCCAUACGGGGGGCCGCCCUCCGCCGGCCCCCGACACUGCUCUUCUUCGGCGCGCACCCUCAGCCUCCUCACGCCCGACGGCGGCCGCAGCUGCCGACGACGUCGUCCCUCCUGCAGCCGCAGCGCCGCGCCGCCACCACCAGCGUCAAGGGCUGGUCGACGGCGCCGCCGCGCUCCAAGCACCGGCGCUUCAACCAGCCCAACGCCGGCCUGCCGGCGCUGACGACGGGCCCCGCGGCGGCCCUGGAGCGGCGCGAGAACACGACGCCCCUGCGCACCGGCGUGCUGGCCGUCAAGAAGGGCAUGACGAGCGUCUUCGUCGGCAAGACGCGCGUGCCCUGCACCGUGCUGCAGCUCGACCAGGUCCAGGUCGUGGCCAACAAGACGCGCGACAAGCACGGCUACUGGGCGGUCCAGGUCGGCGCCGGCACCCGGCCCGCGCGCAACGUCACCAGCCCCCUGCUCGGCUACUACGAGGCCAAGGGCGUCGCCCCCAAGAGCGAGCUGGCCGAGUUCUACGUCCGCUCCCACGAGGGCCUGCUGCCCGUCGGCGUCCAGCUGCUGCCCGACUGGUUCCAGCAGGGCCAGUACGUCGACGUACGCGCCCGGUCGCGCGGCAUGGGCUUUGCCGGCGGCAUGAAGCGCCACGGCUUCGCGGGCCAGGAGGCGUCGCACGGAAACUCGAAGAACCACCGCACCAUCGGCACCACGGGUCCCUCGCAGGGCAGUGGCAGCCGCGUCAUGCCCGGCAAGAAGAUGCCCGGCCGCAUGGGCGGCGUGUGGGCCACGGUCCAGAACCUCAAGGUCCUCCGCGUCGACAACGAGCUCGGCAUCGUCCUCGUCAGCGGCGCCGUCCCGGGGCCCACCGAUUGCACCGUCAAGCUGCAGGACUCCAAGAAGCGCAAGGCCCCCGCCCUGCCGUACCGCCAAAAGGUCUUUCAGCAGCUGCUCGAUAGGCAUCCCGGCGCUGCCGAGGCGCUCCAGAUGGCCAGGGAGCGCCAUCUCGAGAUGAAGCAGCGGAGGCGGCAGCACGUCGACGGUGAGCUGACGCGGGGGCCGGCUGUGCAAGAGAGCAAGGAGGAGACAGCGACGGCUUAG